UCUCCACAUCUCUCUCUCUCUCUAUCUCUCUCUCUCUCUAGAUUUCUUCCUCAUCCUCCAUGUUGGCAUGUUCCAUAUAGCUGGUGCUAGCUGUCCUUCGUCUUCCCCCCCUUGUCAUGUGAUCACUCCCCUCCUCCACUCUCCCUCCACCCAUAGGACAAGAAAGAUUUUUCCUAAACACAGCUAGAGAGAAAUUAAAUUAGCUAUAGAGAUAGAGAUAGGCAUAGAUAGAUAGAUAGAUAGAUAAAGAGAGUGAGAGAGAAAUUUCCGCCAGGUCUGCAACAGCAAUUUUGCAGCUCAAUCCAGUUUUCCUCAAAAAAGACCAAACUGUACGUCAAUGGCGCAACUUCCCCCCAAAUUUCCAUCUAACAUACCCCCCAACACAUGGCCUUCCUUCCCGCACCACCCACACCUCCCAUCCAUGGCUUCCUUCAACCUUUGCCCUCUUCCCACUGCACUCCCCGCCUCCACCACAUGGGCCGACGAAUUCUUCGACUUCUCCUUAUCCAAACGCGCCUCCCAACGCCGCGCUAUAAGCGAUUCCAUAGCCUUCUUCGAAUCCGCCUCUGUCCCGUCAGAUGAUUCCCAAGCCGUUGCCGCGGUGGCUUAUUUUGAUGGGCUUGACGAAGAGCAGCUAAUAUCUAUGUUCUCCGAUGACCCGCGGCCACCCUCGUCAGCUCCGCCUUCUACGCCGCCUUCGACGCCGUCAGAUCAUAAUAGCGUCAGCAACCAGGAUCCGCAAACCCGGCCUAAUUCUUCAGGCAAUGAUCCAUCUGAAGUGCAGAGUAGUGCGAGUAAUGCUGAACCGGCGCUGGCCGCAGCGGCGGCGAGCGCCACAAUUACGACGCCGGAGCAAAAAACAUCCCAACCAUUUGCCGAUCCCAAGAGGGUCAGGAGAAUUUUAGCAAACCGGCAGUCGGCGCAGAGAUCGAGAGUAAGAAAAUUGCAGUACAUAUCGGAGCUUCAGAAGAGUGUGGACACGUUGCAGACGGAAGUGUCGGCAUUGUCGCCGCGAGUAGCUUUCCUCGACCGCCAGCGCUCGGUUCUAAGCGUCGGUAAUUGCCAGCUUAAGCAGAGAAUUGCAGCUCUUGCACAAGAUAAGAUUUUUAAGGAUGCGCAUCAAGAAGCGCUCCAGAAUGAGCUGGAGAGACUGAGGCAGGUAUAUCAUCGGCAGAGUCUGAAGAAGAUGGCGGCGCCGGCGGUCGCCGGUGGCAAGUCAGAUGGCCCAGAUAUUGCUGCUGAUGAAGAGCUCAAUAUUCAAGCUGGCACUGAUCCUGCUCCGAAUAUUGAACGAUGAGAAUCUAUUGGUCUUGUUUGUUGUUUCGUAUUCAGUGUAUAGGAUGGGAUAGAUUCGACUUCUGCACCUUUUUUUCACAUAUAUAAUUAUUUUCUAUUCUUUUU